UCCUCGCCCGCUCGCCUGUAUGUUGCUAUGACACGUGAAACAAAACCAGCCACAUAAACAACAGUUUUCUCACGAAACGUUGUUAGAAUGGCGCCUCCCCGAGAUAGCGGAAAACGGAAGAACAAAAAGCCGCAACCUGGAGUCACCAAAAAGAGAAAGUGGGUCCCUGAGAGGAAAAUAUUCGAGGGGAGUGUUAAAGAAGGUCGAGGCUUUGCCUUCAAGAGAAAGGAGAAGGUGAGACAUGAGUACAACAAGCUGCUGCGGAAGGAGAGGAAGACGCAGGCAGGAAGGACGGCGCCCUCGUACCAGGAGCAGUACCCGGAGCACCUUAAACAUCUGUACCUAGCCGAGGAGCAGAAGCUGAAGAGCGAGGCGUGGACCAAUAGAGUCAAUCGGAGUAAACACCGCUUGAAGGGGCGGCGGACUGAAGUGGAGGAGACGGAGGAUGUGGACCGUGAAGAUGCCACGCCUGAGACAGAGGAAGAGGCUGCCCCCUCUGUGUCAGAGACCAAGGAAUCUCUUCCGAUGAGUAACCGCAUGAGGAAAAGGCUGCUGCGGAAGACGUCCUUCCAGAAGACCAAAGACGAGUUUGAGAAAGCAAAGGAGAAGAAACGGCAAAAGAAAGAGAAGUUUCUCUUGGACAAGAAGCAGAGGGAAGAGGCCAUUGAGAGAUACCAGAAGAAGAAGCAGGAGACCUUCCAGAUGCUGUGCAAGAAGACCAAGAAAGGACAGCCCAACUUGAACUUGCAGAUGGAGUAUCUGCUGCAGAAGAUCCAGAAAAGUUAGACGUUUUUCUGACUUCAGGAUCAACUGUGGACUCGACCCGGUUCCGUUCUUCAGGAGGGCUUCUCUGUACAGUUUGGACAAACGUGUGCUGUAGCCCACUGGCCGCCAGGUGUCACUGUAACAACGUGAAGUGACUAACAGCUGACUCGAACGUUUUAAAUUAAAUCCAGUAUUUUAUAGUACAAAACACGUCUGAAUGCGCUUUGUGAAUCGAAGACAAAAACUCUAAAGCCUAGACAAAACACGAAUAUGACAUUGGUUUAUAGCAGCACGACGGUGAUCGAUGUCAGUCCAGUCUUUGUCUCUGGACGAAGUUUGUUUGUUGCUGCGGGUCUUGUCUUCUCCCUGAACUGCGCUCUGGAGUCGCUGUUUUUGAUUUGACUCUCGUGGGACCCCUGCUGCUGCUCAGCCACCUGCCCCUGCCUGAGAAAAGUGCGCCUUCACUCUUAAGUUCGCGGGAACGAAAGUGGCUUUUAUUUCAGGUCUUGAGCGAAGCCCUGCCCUCAUGACGGGUGCAACCAUAUGAAUUUUACCCAUGUGUUCUGGCUACGUUUAUUUCUGGCUUGUCCUCACAAUAAUGAUGGUAAUAUUAAUAAUAAUAUUCAUAAUCAUGAUUUUGUGACCGGUGCCCUUUCUUCUCUGG